AGCUAUAUUGUCAAAGAAGAAACCCUAGUGAGUCAUCUCUAUAACCUGCGACUGCAUCCCAUUCUCUCUGCCCCAAAGUGGUCUAACAAUGGCGACUGCGAGAACUGUGAAGGAUGUCUCGCCUCACGAGUUCACGAAGGCCUACUCCGCACACCUUAAGCGAUCCGGAAAGAUGGAGCUACCUCAUUGGACAGACAUUGUCAAGACUGGUAGGUUCAAGGAACUUGCUCCCUAUGACCCCGAUUGGUAUUAUAUUAGAGCUGCUUCUAUGGCAAGGAAAAUAUACUUGAGGCAGGGUCUAGGUGUAGGUGCUUUUCAGAGGAUUUAUGGUGGGAGCAAGAGGAAUGGAAGUCGUCCACCCCAUUUCUGCAAAAGCAGUGGAGCUGUUGCUCGUCACAUCCUUCAACAGUUGCAAAAAAUAAACAUCAUUGAUAUUGAUGCUAAGGGUGGGAGAAGAAUCACAUCUAGUGGCCGGCGUGACCUUGACCAAGUUGCCGGUCGGAUUGUGGUUGCCCCUUGAUCAGUGAGUUCUGCUACAGCAUCCCAUUAUAUUUUAAUAAGCUCUAGGUUUUUGUUUUAGUUCGAUGGAGAGAUGUUGAUGCAGAAUUUUUGUUAGAACAAAUUUUGCUCUCUAUUGUUGAGUGUUUCCUUGAUGAACAUGAGACGGCCGUUGAUCAGUUCUUUUUUAUAUUUUAACUUCAGUCUAUUUGGAAUCUCCUCAUUUAACGUCUGUUACUUGAGAAAUAAAACUGUUGCAUCAACAAAUAUCUGUUGGGUUAUUUUGAUCUAUGCUAGCCUUUUAAUUUCAUGUGA